AUGGCAACAGUAUAUAAGAAAACACAAUGUUUUGUGUGUAACAAGGAAAAAAAUACAUACAGUUGUAAAGGAUGUUCAAAUGAAUUCUGUUUUCCUCAUUUAACAGAACAUCGACAAAAAAUUGAUACACAGUUAGAGGUAAUUAUUAAUGAUCAUGGUCAGUUUCAACAAGCAAUUAUUCAACAAAAACAAAAUUCACACAAUUCUUCUUUAUUUCGACAAAUUGAUGAAUGGGAAACAAAUUCAAUUAAUAAAAUUCAACAAACAGCAGAAGAAUGCCGAGAAACUUUGAUAAAAUUGACACAAGCGUUGAUCAAUGAUAUGGAAGAAAAGUUUAUUAAAUUAUCUCAGAAAUUAAAAGAAAUUCGUGAAGAAAAUGAAUUUAAUGAAACUGAUUUAAGUAAUUUUCAAGUAAAAUUAACACAAAUUACAGAAGAAUUUCUUCGAUCGUCAAAUAUUUCUAUUCGUCAUGAUGCACAAGAAUAUAUCAACAAAAUUUCAGUUAUUUCAUCAUUCGAUUCUCAUUCGUCAAAUCAUCCUGCAGUUAGUACAGCAACUACUUCAAAGAAUCCAAUAACAACAUCAUAUAAAAGUCAUUUCCCAAUUAGUAUACCGACUAUACCAUGGAAUCCAAUAACACCAUUGUAUAAAAUGCUAACUCAGCCUCAAUCGCCAAUAAAACAAAAACAAAUACAAACAAAAAAGAAUAAAUAUGAACAAUUUGGAAUUACUGUUGCUGGAGGAAAUGGAAAAGGAGAUGAUUUAAAUCAACUCACUAACCCUCAAGGGAUAUUUAUUGAUAAUGAUAAAUCAAUUUAUAUUGCUGAUCAGUGGAAUCAUCGUAUUGUUAAAUGGGAAUUGAAUUCAAAUACUGGUCAAAUCAUUGGAGGUGAAAAUGAAAAUAAUCAAUUGAAUUCUCCAACAGAUAUAAUUUUUGAUAAAGAAAAUAAUUCUUUCAUUAUUUCUGAUAUGGGAAACAACCGAGUAAUUCGAUAUUCUAAUCAAAAUCAAACAAAUCAACAAAUUAUUAUUUCGAAUAUUAUUUGUUGGGGUCUAACAAUCGAUAAAGAUGGAUUUCUAUAUGUUUCUGAUUGGGAGAAUAAUGAAGUAAGACGAUGGAAACAAGGAGAUAAAAAAGGUGAAUUGGUUGCAGGCGGAAAUGGUAAAGGAAAUCAUUUUAAUCAACUCGAUUAUCCUACUUUUAUCUUUGUUGAUAAAGAUUAUUCUCUUUAUAUAUCAGAUAAUGAGAAUCAUCGUGUAAUGAAAUGGAAAAAAGAUGCAAAAGAAGGAAUUAUUGUUGCUGGAGGAAAUGGUCAAGGAAAUAGUCUCAAACAAUUGUCUAAUCCUCAAGGAGUGAUUGUUGAUCGUUUAGGUCAAAUUUAUGUGGCAGAUUUUUCGAAUCAUCGAGUAAUGCGUUGGUGUGAAGGAGAUAAAGAAGGUCAAAUUGUUGUUGGUGAAAAUGGUUCUGGAAUUCAAUCAAAUCAAUUGAAUUGGCCUACAGGUUUAUCGUUUGAUGAUGAAGAAAAUCUUUAUGUUGCCGAUGCGGGAAAUCAUCGAAUACAAAAAUUUAUUAUUGAUCUUAAUUGA